AUGAGCGGGGUUACUUCGGGCACAGGCUCGGCUUCGUGCCGCUUCGCCCACUACUUCGUGGUGUGUGGAUUGGACACGGAGACUGGUCUAGAACCCGAAGAAUUAGCAGGUGAGAGCUUUGAGCAGAGCCCCCUACAGAGGUCCUUCAAGUCCAAGGUUCUGGCCCACUACCCUGAGAGCACAGACAGGAGUCCCUUCAACAGAGAUGCAGUCAACAUGCUCUGCAUGCCGCACGGCCUGUCGUUCCGUAGUCAGGCGGACGGCCGCGAGCACCACUUCCACUCCUUCACGGUCGCCCAGGACGACGGCACGCGCUCCUACGGCUUCGUGCACACCUACUACGAAGCGGUGACGAGUGCCCAGAUCACCACGGCGAUGCAGACCCUUCAUCAGAUGCACCAUGUGGAGCACUACUCCACCUCCUCUUCGUCAUCUUCCUCCGCCUCCUCCCCCUCCACAUCCAGCACGGACUCUCUGGUGAGCAGCCUGGAUGAGUUGGAUGCCGACUCCCUGGCAGCGCGCCCCCUGUCAGCUUGUUUGGGCUGCGUGGCGGGCUCCUUCCAGCCGGCCCGGGACACCCUGUACGCCUCCAAGGCCCUCUGCCUCCUCACGCCCCUCCCCUUCCUGCACGCCGCCCGCCACUUCCUGUCUCAGCUGCACCAGGCGGUGACAUCGCACACGGCCCCGCCACUGCCGCUGGAGAGCUACAUCCACAACAUCCUGUACGAGGUGCCCGUGCCGCCGCCCGGUCGCUCGCUCCGGUUCCACGGGGUCCAGGGGCCUAUCGUGUGCCAGCAGCCCGGCCCUGAGGAGCUCCCGCUGGGGGACUACCCCCUGGGAGAGGCCUUCUCCCUGCUGGGGGUGGAGAACAUGGUGAGGCUGCUCACCUCCGUGCUGCUGGAAACCCAGGUCCUGCUCUACUCACAGGACUACCAGCGGUUGAUGACGGUGGCAGAGGGCAUCACCAACCUACUGUUUCCAUUCCAGUGGCAGCACGUCUACCUGCCCAUCUUGCCCGUGCCCUUGCACCAUCUCCUGGAUGCCCCCGUGCCCUACUUGAUGGGCAUCCAACGGAAGGAUUUCUCCCAAUGCUCCACUCUGGAUCUGUCCCAUGAGGCCAACCUGUGCUUUGUGGACAUAGACAACCACCGCGUGGAUCCACCCGAGGACCUGCCCCUCUUCCCAGACCAGCCCGAGCUCAUCCAGGAGCUGAACGAGGUGCUGCUGCGUUUCGGCCUCCAGCCACAUGGUGGCGCCACCACCAACCCCGCCCCUGCCGCUCCCCCCUGCCUCAGCAGCCUCGUCCUGGAGGACCUGAUGGAAGACAGGCGCAAUGGGAACCUGGGAGGGGAGGAGUUGGCCGUGCUGGAACGACUGCAGGCACUGGCGAGGAGGUGUGGAGAGGGAGGGGUGGAGGGGGGAAAGACCCUUGGACAGGCAUUCCAGGAGGAGGAGGAGGAACUGAAUGCGGCCAAAAUGAACGUGCAGCUGAGGGAGGUGUUCGCCGGGCGUUUCGCCGCCAUUUUCGGGAGGUACGAAGAGUUUGUGAUCCACAGUGCUCCUGACCUGGAGUCCUGGCUAGGCAACCGUGACGGAACGAGCAACUUUGAUAAGGGCUCCUUCCUGUCGGCGCAGCCUGCCCCGCACCUGCACUUCUUGUCCUGGUUCCUGGAGACGGCCAUGUUCUCAUCAUUCUUGGACAGCAAGGUGUUGUCUCGCUGGGCCGACCAGGAGCCGCUGCAGCGUGUGUUCGACGGCCGCCUGGAGAGGGAGCACCUCUACGACACGUUUGAGGAUGACCCCGGCAACCGUCGCUACAGGAAGUGCAGCGUGCUCCACAAGUCAGCCCAGGCCAUGGAACGCAGGCUGCUGAAGGCUGACCACACGGCCAUCCACCCCCACCUGUUGGACAUGAGGAUCGGCCAGGGUCGACACCAACAGGGCUGCUUCCCCAGGCUGCAGGCUGAUGUACUGGCACAGGGACAUAACACCAACAAGUGGUCAAGCCGUAACACUCGCAGGAGCGACAUUAAGAGACCAGUGACCACUGAGACGACAUCGGGACUGGGCAAUGACCAGAGAGAGAAGUAUUCCCCGGGGAGGAGGAGCCUACACCAGUCCAAGCUUCUUGACCCCUCCCCCUCAGCUGUCACUCAAAUCCAGCGGGGGUUCGUGGAGGGGCUCCUGGGUGAAUGUCGCCUGAAGACCAGGCGUAUAUUGAUGGAGAGGAUGGGGAAGGAGAGUGUGGAGCUGGGUCAGGGUGAGGCCAGCAUCACGGGCCUGCAGGAGAACACACUGAUCCACAGCCUCUGUGACCUGCUGGAGAGGACCUGGGGCCACGGGCUGCUGCUCAAACAGGGAAGGUCGGCUCUGUGGUCCCACCUGCUCCACUGCCAGGCCAAUGGGGAGAAGAUGGAGCCACCAUCACCUGCCGAGUCUCCAGUGUCCAAUGGGCUGGACAGCAUGAGGCUAGAGGAGGGGCUUGCACCCCCGAAGGGCUCCUUUGUACAGGAUAUGAGGUUUGUCCAGACUAUGAGUGAGAGUCUCAGUGAGGUGGGUCGGGCACGGGCCUGGAUCCAUCUUUCCCUGGAGAAGAAAGUGCUCUCGCAACACCUCAAACUGCUGCUGGCCAACCAGAACCUAAUCAGGCAGCUGUACAAGCCCCAUGCGUUCCUACUGUGUGAGGAGGAGAGGGAGCAGUUCCUGUUCCACCUGCUGUCCCUCAACACUGUGGACUACCUCUGCUUCACACGCACAUUCACCUCCAUCAGCAUUCCAUACCGUGUUGUCAUAACACCCAUGAAGAAGCUGAGCAUUGCCAUGACAAUGUCCAACCCCUGGGUGUGUGUGUCUGGAGAGCUGGGUGACUCUGGGGUCAGGCAGAGCCCCAAGAACACACAGGAGAUCUUCUUCCAGUGCCAGAACCUGGGCAGGCUGAGCACCCUGCAGUUGGGGCAGGAGAACUCUGGCCUACUGGCUAAGUGUCUGGUGGACUGUGUGAUUGUGCACAACGAGAUCACUGGACACACCUACAGGUUCCCGUGUGGCCGCUGGCUGGGGAAGGGUGUGGGUGACGGCAGCCUGGAGAGGGUGCUGAUUGGUCAGCUGGUGUCUCCCAGAGGAGAGGAGGAGUCUGGGAGGUGGACGGGGACACCCCCGGAGCAGGGUUCGCCCCUUCAGAGUGGACACAUGGGGGGUCUGGGGUCACUGGGGCGCAGCAACAGACUGUCUUCUGUCCAGGUGCAGGAGGAAAUGAGGGAGGCCGUAAACAACCUCGUCAAGCACUUCCACAAAGCAGAGCAGGAGAGGGGGAACCUGACUGCUCUGCUGUGUGGAGAGGAGGGGCUGGUGCGCUCCCUGGAACAGUUCCUCCUACAUGGUUUCAAGUCCUCCCGCUUAUUCCAAAGGAGUGUGUUCAUAUGGGACUUUGUGGAAAAGGUGGUGGUUUCCAUGGAGACAGCGGAUCAAAUGGGUGACUUGCGGGGGUCAACGGAACUGUGUGACUCUCUGUGUCACUAUGCCAACGCCAUCAACGCCUCGCCGCGGAACAUCGGCAAGGAGGGCAAGUUCCAGCUGCUGGUCUGCCUGGGAGUCAGAGACCAGCUGCUGCCCCAGUGGCUCCCCUUGUUGGCCGAGUCCAACCUGACGGCACGUCUCUACGAGGAGUCGGCUUUGGUCCAGGACCGCGCGGCCGUCAACUCCCUCUCUCGCAUCCUCCAUACCCUCCACGAGUUCCCCAUCACCCUGGAGACAGCCCUCAUUAAGGGGGUUGAUCUCUAA